GUCUAAAGCCAGAGCUUUCCACGUAUCAGAACUGUGUGGGGGCUUCACUCUUCUCAGAAUCAGCGCCUAACGGAAUUUAGUACUCAAAAUCAAACCAGAAACGUAAGUGUAAGAGGCAGUGGCGGUGGCCGCGGCGGUGGCGUUUCCACGAAUCUAUAAAUAUCACACCCCGGAUACGAUCGAUUGAUCGCUCUCGAGCUAGGGUUUUAUUCGGGGUUCCGAAUUCGUUUGACGGUAGGGUUGGUACCGGAGCAGGACUAAAUGGAAGGCGGCGGUUGGGAUGAUCAGUCUGAAAAGAAGAAGAAGAGACCUCAUUCGAGCGCUUUCUCCUCCCCUUCUCCCCUUAGCCACACUGUUGAUGCUGCCGCACUCCAGAAUCAGAAUCAGAAACUUGUUCAGCAGUUAGAUGUACAAAAGCAUGAGUUGCAUGACCUUGAAGGCAAAAUCAAAGAAUUACAAGACAAACAGGCUUCUUAUGAUAAUAUUUUGAUUAUUGUGAAUAAACUAUGGAAGAAGUUGGUUGAUGAUUUAAUCCUACUUGGAGUACGAGCUGGACCAGACCAAUAUUUUUUACAAGCUUUGGAUCGUUUAGACCAUUCCAGAGGUUCUGUUCCAUCAUGUCCUGCGGAGGAAGUUUUCCUUUGUCGACUACUAGAAAGAGAUUCAAUUGGAUCCAGUCAAAAAUUUGGAUCUUCUAAAGAUAUUGAAGAAGCUCUUGCUGUGCGUAUUGCUUCAACUCAAGAGCUGAUGAAGUCAUUGCAAAAUUCCAUUAACACUCAGAGAUCAAGAAUUCUGAACAUUGCUCAGGCUUUGCACAAAAACCCAUCUGCUAAUGAUAUUAAGAGCCAACUAUCUGCUUUUGACAAUUUGAUGAAGGAGGAGGCUGCAUUUCUGCAUGAGGCAAUUGAUGUUCUUCAUUUGAAGCAUAAAGAUUAUGCUAAUAUGUUACGGACUUGUAUUCAAGGUCAUUCUGUGGACCAAUCUGAGAUAAAUCGUCUUGCAGGUGAACUGGAUGAAAGCAUGGCAGAACUUGAAGAAUGUAGGAGAAAACUAGUUAAUCUGAAAAUGCAGAAGGGCACAGCAUCUGGAGUUCAUACUUCAGUCCCAGGUUCAGCAAAUGGAAGUUUGUCACCUGAAAAACCUGCAGAUAGGACAUUGCGUUUACUGGAAUUGAAGGAUUCAAUUGAGGAAACCAAGAUUCUAGCAGCUGACCGCCUGUCUGAGCUUCAAGAUGCACAGGAAGAUAAUCUGAUCCUGUCAAAACAGUUGCAAGAUCUUCAGGAUGAGAUCAAGGAUGGGAAGUAUGUUUAUUCUUCUCGUGCAUAUACUUUAUUGAAUGAUCAGCUCCAACAUUGGAAUGCCCAACUGGAUCGCUAUAAAGGACUGAUGGACUCUCUGCAGGUACAGGCUGACAGGUCUUCCAUCUUGAGAAGGGAGAAGGAAUUGAAUGCAAAAGCAGAAUCACUGGAUGCUGUGAGGAAUGAUAUUGCCAAUUCUGAGUCCAAGAUUGAAGAACUAAAGCUUCAAUUACAGAACAGCAUUGUUGAAAAAAAUACACUGGAGAUUAAAAUGGAAGAAGUCCUGCAAGAUUCAGGUAGGAAAGAUGUUAAAGCAGAAUUUCAUGUAAUGAGCUCGGCUUUGUCUAAAGAACUGGAAAUGAUGGAAGCUCAGCUUAACCGUUGGAAGGAAACUGCUCAUGAAGCCAAUUCUCUACGAGGAGAAGCUCAAUCACUGAAAGUUUUAUUGGGCGAGAAGACUGGUGAGUGCAAGAGCUUAGCAACUAAAUGUUCUGAACAGGAUGCAGAAAUUAAAUCUCUAAAAUUGCUUGUUGAGAAGAUGCAGAAGGGAAAAGUAGAAUUGCAAAUCCUAUUGGAUAUGCUGGGGCAGCAAAUUUAUGACAACAGAGAUAUAACGCAAAUCAAAGAAUCAGAGCAGAGAGCCCGAGCACAAGCUCAACACUUGAGACAUGCUCUGGAUGAACAUGGUCUGGAAUUGAGAAUAAAAGCAGCCAAUGAAGCUGAGGCUGCUUGCCAGAAAAGGCUUUCUGCUGCCGAAGCUGAAAUAGCCGCCCUAAGGGCUGAAUUGGAUGCAAGUGACAGAGAUGUUUUAGAGUUGGAGGAGGCUGUUAAAAGUAAAGAUGCAGAGGCAGAGGUCUAUGUUUCUGAGAUUGAGACUAUUGGCCAAGCAUAUGAAGAUAUGCAAGCACAGAACCAGCGUUUGUUGCAGCAGGUGGCUGAGAGGGAUGAUUAUAACAUUAAGCUUGUUUCUGAGAGUGUGAAGAUGAAGCAGGCACAGAGCUUUUUACUGUCUGAAAAGCAAGUAUUAUCAAAGCAAUCUCAGCAGGUAAAUGGAACACUGGAAUCUCUACAGUUGAAGAUUGCUGACCGUGAGAAGCAGAUUAAAGUUUGCAUUGCUGAAGCCCUGAAGUCUACGCAAGAAGAUAGACGCCUUGCAGUGAAUUUGGAAACUGCAAAGUGGGAAUUGGCAGAUGCCGAGAAGGAAUUGAAGUGGGUCAAAUCUUCUGUUUCUUCCUCUGAGAAGGAAUAUGAGCAAUUACAGAGAAAGAAGGUUGAAGUACAAACGGAGUUGGACAAGGAAAGAGGUGAAAGGUACAAGGUCGAGGAAGAGCUGAAGGAGGUACAUAAGAAGAUUGCUGAAAUGAGUUGUGAAAGUGGAGAGGCUGCAAUACAAAAGCUGCAGGAUGAAAUCAAGGAGUGCAAGGCUAUCCUCAAGUGUGGAGUAUGUUUUGAUCGUCCAAAGGAGGUUGUGAUCACCAAGUGCUAUCAUUUAUUUUGCUCUCCCUGCAUUCAAAGAAAUCUAGAGCUCCGACAUCGCAAGUGUCCUGGUUGUGGAACUGCAUUCGGCCAAAAUGAUGUUCGGUUUGUGAAGAUAUGAUUGGAUUUGAGCAUAUGCAUAUCUUCUUCUUCUUCUUCUUCUUUUCAGUUAAGCCAUUUGGAUGUAUUCUGAAUUUCUGAUGGACUGGGUGUGGGUGUGGGGGUGGGUGUGGCCUUAUUAGCUAUCAUGGAUGUUCUGUUUUGAUGGAUUGUACAGCUUUUGAAUUUGAUUUUAUCCCCUUUAUCUAUUUAUAAUUUGUCUCUAA